AUGUAUUGGCUACAAAGCCUCAGAUCUGGCACCCCAGGCUGGCGCGCGCUGCUGCCCUCGUGCGGCACCUGUCACCUCGCACCUGUCUCUGAUCAGCGGAGUGAAAUGUCCAGUUGGCUGGAGUUCAAGGAGGUGCUGGUGGGACAGGGUAGUGGUGAAGCUGUCACCCCCAGCCCCAGACUGAGGGCCCCUCCGGUCAGCAGCCCCAGGGCCAGAUGGGCCCCGCACCGGCAGCAGAGGCCCCUGAGUCCACCAGAGGGGCUCAUGGGAAAAGCCAAAGAGCUGUUCGAACUCUGCGACAAGGAGGGCAAGGGCUUCAUCACCAAACGGGACAUGCAGAGACUUGAAGGAGAGCUACCUCUGUCCCCGGAGCAGCUGGAGACGGUGUUUGAGAGUCUGGACCGAGAAGGGAAUGGUUUCCUGACUCCUGUCGAGUUCAACACCGGCCUCGGAGAGAUGGGAGCUUUGGAGCAGAACGUGGAGGACACCGAGCCGGAGCUGGAGGACUGUGACCAAACCGACAGCUCCCAUGAUGCAUCAGCGCAGCGGUUUGUAAACACGCUGUCAGAACUGGGAGCAGACGGACUCUACAGGAGAGCGGAGCUGUGUGGUCUGUGGACGCAGCUGGAGGCCGACAGUCCUGCUCUGGCGUCGCUGCUGGAGGAGGUUCUGGCCCACGUUCUGGUCCGUCUGCAGGACUCCAUCCGGGACCGGGACAGUCUGGAGCAGGCUCUGCGCAGACGAGAAACUGAGCACGACGAGAUGAUUCGCUCCGUGUACGAAGAGACGGAAAACCAAAUGAGAGAAGAGAGAGAGAAACAUGCAGCAGAGGGAAGUUUGAAAGAGAAGCAGAAGAACCAACAUCUGGAGGAACGUCUGAAGGUCCAGGCCCAGGAGCUGGAGCGGGCCCUGAACAAACAGAGAGAGACGGAGCGAAGUGUGAGGCUGAUGAGCUGUGACCAGAGCAAAGUGAAUGAGCAGAACCAGAAACUUCUCAGAGAAAACCAGCAGCUUCAGGACCAGCUGCAGAACCAUCAACAACAACUGGAGAACAAGCAACAGCAGCUGCAGACGGCAUUGAACCAGCUCAGCCUCCUCCAGGAGAGGGCGGAUCUGGACAUGCAGAACAAACAGAGGAAUGUUUUGAAAGUUUCCAGGAACAUGCAGAAAGAGAAGGACAGUCUGCUGAGGCAGCUGGAACUCCUCAGGGACAUGAACCGACGGAUGCGGGACGAGAAGGACGUACGUUUGGAGUCCCAGCGGAGGGUUCUUCCCAGACUUCCUGUUCUGUCCUCGGUCCCUGUGGCUCAGUUCAUGUAUCCUCCUUAA